AAGGCCCAGGCGCCCCGCCCCCGCCCCUCUCCCCUGGACCCUCUUCUGUGUCCCCCGGUCCUCUCUCCCCUUGCCCGGCGCCGCCAGCUGCUGGGAGACACCCCGAAGCGCCCGCCUCCACCCGCGGUCACCUGCAACCACCCGGGGAGCCCGGGGCCGUUCCGGAGUCGCCCGGACCCGAGAGUCUGCUGCACCGGGCCUCAGCGACCCCUCCGGAUGCUGGUGCUGCCAACCCCCUGCCCCCAGCCCCUGGCGCUUCCCUCCGCUGAGGCCAUGGAGGCCCCUCCCCCUCGGACAGACGGGUCCCCAGAACCUGGACCUUCCUCCUCCUCCACAGGAUGUGCCCAGACCUCCCCCACUUCGCGGCCCAACCACUAUCUGCUCAUAGACACCCAGGGCGUCCCAUAUACCGUGCUGGUGGACGAGGAAUCUCAGAGGGAGUCCGGGCCGGAUGGGGGUUCGACCCAGAAGAAGUGCUACAGCUGCCCCGUGUGCUCCCGGGUCUUCGAGUACAUGUCUUACCUUCAGCGACACAGCAUCACCCACUCGGAGGUGAAGCCCUUUGAAUGCGACACCUGUGGGAAGGCAUUCAAGCGGGCCAGCCACCUGGCGAGGCACCACUCCAUUCACCGGGCAGGUGGGGGGCGGCCCCAUGGCUGCCCGCUCUGCCCUCGCCGCUUCCGAGAGGCGGGUGAGCUGGCGCAGCACAGCCGGGUCCACUCGGGGGAGCGCCCGUUUCAGUGCCCACACUGCCCGCGCCGAUUCAUGGAGCAGAACACGCUGCAGAAGCACACUCGGUGGAAGCAUCCGUGAGCCAGGCGGCAGGGUACCCCAUGGACAUGGAAUUCCGGGGGGUGAGCGUGGACUCCUAGCGAGCGCCAGAGGCUGGGCAGCAGGGGCCCCGGACGUAAACACAGACCUACUGUGCAGGAGGCUGGGCCCUGCCUUAAGGAGAAGCCCGCCAGUCAUGUUCCGGUCCUUGGUGUUUUGGAGACAGGGUGGGAACAGACCUCAUAUUUACAGAGUGGAGUCCUCUAACCUCAGAGACAUCAGCUAUUUCAUGGCUGAGCCCUGGGAGCCUGUGGCCUGAAAAACAUGGUGAGGGGCCACCAGGAAUCUGCACCAUCUUCCAGAGGCUUUCCUGUGAUGCUGGGGGUGGGGGGGGGAGCGGUCUCCGACCUGCCUCCCACUCCCCAGCCAGGGCUUGAGACUGAACACCCAAGACUUGUUUUGAAGACUAAGUCUCUGCCCACUGCCUAGCAGGGAGACUCAGUGAGUGCCUGGCCCCCGUAGGCCUUGGUUUGUCUGGCUGGGGAAUGGGAAGAUUGGCACACACUUGGGUCAGCCCUAGCUUGGCUCCUGACCCGGUGGCAUCUAGGCAGUGUUUGCAAGCUUUUCUUUUCUUUCCCUCUCGUUCUGCCACAAGUGUGGCAUAUGGAAGUUCCCAGGCUAGGGGUUGAA